AUGGCGCAAACCCUUGUGGAGUCUAAGGCCGUCUUCCUGGAGCGAGCCAAACGUGUGGGCCUCCCACAGGAAGCAGUGGAUCGCCUUGUUGCACAGACCAUCGACACGAUGGCGAAACUAGCAUUCGCCCCUUGCCAGCCUGGGGAGACGCCGACCGAGGAGUCGCUGGCGGCCCUCAUCAAGGUGGGUGGUGCAGCCCCGUCGUUGGGAUCCAUCGCAGCGGUUCGACACCUGGUGUUCGAAGCACAGACCCUCUUGGUCAGCCAGACCAAGGCACUCGUGGAGAACAAGGAGAACGAGGUCAAGGAGUUAGCCCCCGCAGAGCGCCGCGAGCGCAUCCGAGCACAGGCCCGCAAACUCACAGGCAUCAGCAUGUCCGGCCAGACUGAGUGCAGCUAUGCCUCGUAUGACCUCUGCAUGAAGCUCCUUACUGACAAUUGCAUCAGCUAUCUUUCCCCGGCCAAGUUCAUCACUCGCGAAGCUGAGCUGCGUUCCGAGAAACCGCGGAAGGAAUUGGAUGUGCAAGCUUCCACACUGGUCGUGAGAGAUCGUGACCCCGAUCAGUCAUGCGAUACUUCCACUGCACUGAGCCUUCACCAUGCCAUGCACCGUCGAAGCCUUGCUCUUGACUUGAUCGGUGUAACUGAUUACUUUCGGGUUCAGGGCUUCGUGGAUUUCCUCUUGGGCCACCUUCAUCAGGAGCCCAUUGCUGGUAGCCGUGCCACCUCUGUGCAACAAAUUCUGCAUGCGGACCGAGCUGCCUGGAUGCGCCUGGCAGAGCUCACCCCCGACGGGAUUCGUCGAGAUGCAGCCGGGGCUUUGCCUCUUGACAGUUUGUGGGCCCGCUUGCAGACCGACCCGAAGGUAAUUUUUCAUCUCCUCCCGCGGGAAGGUGGAGCCCUCAAACGAGAACACAACGAGAUCAAGCCUGACCUCACAGACACCCCGACCAAAAAGCAGCGCAAAGGUACUGGAAAAGGCAAGACCAAGACAUUGCGUGAGCCCAGCAAUCUCCCAGAAGAACUCAAGGGCCUUUCGUCUUGGACUAAGACCGGAAAGCGCCGCUGCUGGGGUUUCAAUAUGGCAAGUGGGUGCGCUAAUGCCAAGGUCGGCCAAUCCUGCCCCAGGGGCCUGCGCAACUGCAUGCGUUGUGGCGGUCACCACCCUGCGCAUGCGUGUCCAAAGAAGCCAUGA